AUGGUAGCCAAGCUGGCAGAGUUAAAGGCACGUUCACAGUGUCUUCAGCAGAGACAUGCCUUGGAGGAGGAAGAACAGUAUCUAAAACAGAAGAAAGAAAAGUUAGAGAUAGAGACAGAAUUGGUAGUUGCUAAUGCUCAGGUAGAAGCCCUUGAGGAAUUGGAGAUUACAGACAGUGCGAGUAAAAUAAAUCGCAAAGAACAGUUGAACAUGUUUAAGAGUGGUAAAUCUAUUCCUCCAUCAGUACUACGUCCCACUAGCCAGACUUGUGUACCAAAUGUGCCUCAGACACAAGUGUUUGAUGAUGUUCCACAGAAUACUGAAAAUGCCACCAUGAAGAUGGUCAUUGAGAAUCAGCGAUUAGCUACAUUACCAGAGCGUAAAGUUCCUGUGUUCAGGGGAGAUCCUUUGGAUUUUAAGACAUUCAUCAUGGCAUUUGAACAUUGCAUAGAAAGUAAGACAGACAGUUUCAAAGAUAGACUUUAUUAUCUGGAACAAUAUACAAGUGGAAUGCCAGGGGAAUUGGUGCGUAGCUGUAUUCACAUGGAGCCUGAGCAAGGCUACACGAGAGCUAAACAGCCGCUUCAGACCAAGUUUGGAAAUAAGUUUAAAGUAGCUACAGCAUACACAGAGAAAGCUCUACAAUGGCCGCAUAUAAAAGCUGAAGACAGUGAUAAACUGAACAGAUAUUCAUUGUACCUGCUUGAGUGUUACAACAGUAUGGCAGACAUUGAGUAUUUGAGGGAGUUAGAAGAGCCCAAAAACAUGAAAAUUAUCAUUUCCAAAUUGCCUUACAAGAUGCGGGACAGAUGGCGUAGUCUUGUGUUCACUAUUCAGGAGAAAAAGGACAAAAAAAUAACUUUCGAAGAUUUAGUUACCUUUGAUGAAGAACAGGCACAGAUAUUAGCCGAUCCAUUGUACGGUAACAUUGAGGAUGGGAGACACAACGAGACAAGAUGA